AGUUCUAAAGUGACCUGUAGCCCAUCAUGGACAAGUACCCUCAAAAAUCCAGGAAACCUAUCUUUUUCAUUGCAGCGAUCACCGCUGCGGUCGUAUUUUUCGUCUACAGCUGGUUCUUCAAGCCAGCCGAGGUAGUGAUCGUCCAAAAGGCGGUCGUGGUGCUGAAAGGCGACUCCCCAGUCACUGGCACUAUCACAUUUGAGCAGUCCUCAGUAGAUGGACCAGUCACGAUUUCAGGAGAAAUCAGGAAUCUCGAUCCUUCUUCUCAGCGUGGUUUCCACAUCCACUCUCUAGGAGACCUUAGCGAGGGCUGUCUUUCGACGGGGUCGCACUUUAACCCAUACGAAAAAACCCACGGCGCUCCCUCGGACUCCGUCAGGCAUGUUGGCGACUUGGGGAACAUCGAGAGCGACGAAUAUGGCGUAGCAACCCUUUCCUUCAAAGACAGUUUAAUUUCCUUGAACGGUCCCCUGAGCAUAAUUGGACGGGGCGUCGUCGUUCAUGAGGGCACUGAUGAUUUGGGCAAAGGCAAUAAUGAAGACUCUCUCAAGACCGGAAAUGCAGGGGGGCGAAGUGCUUGUGGUGUCAUCGGACUUAAAUAAAUUCUCGGAGACUGGAGCAUGCCACAUUCAACAUUGUCUUGCGAAUGUUAUUGUACCAACAUAUGUCACCCUUAUUUCUUCACUGACAACUCAUUUGUCUUUAUUUGCGGU